AUGCCUCUCCUCAUGGGUCUGAGGUCAAUGCUUCCGGUCCACCUUGUUUGCCUUCAGUGCGACUCCAGUUCAGGUUCAUGGACAGAAGUUGUGCAAAAGCAGGAUAACAUCCCUCUGUGUGAAGUUGCAUCCGGAUGGCAUCAGUCAUGGUGGGUUGCCGGCCGAGUGAAUGACGUAUAUUGCGGUGCGGGAGCACAGAGUUUGCUUUGCCUUGAGUUAAGUCUUCACGCAAAUACGGAAACCGAUCUACGUCGCUUCAAGGUCGUCAGAUUGGUACCGCAGUGUAGGGUGAGCGCCUAUGAUAGGACCGUUGUAGCUAACUGUGUGCACCAAAAAGACCCUAUACAGGAGGCUCUGGAGCAAAGCUUUGCAUCGUCUCCCUUUUUGCUAGCUAGUAAGAGCAGCAAAGUAGUACGAAUCAAGGACAGAGGCAACAUUCGUGAGCGAUCGGAGCAAGCCAAGGUCGGCACGGACGCUGUCACUUUGUCGAUCACUUACGCGUGGAGUAUGGGGGCCAACAACCCAACGCCAGUAAACGCUCCUCGCUCACAAAAGAACCAUUAG